AUGCUACAGGCCUGGCGGGGUGGACGAGGAGCUGGGUGGCCUGCCCUGCCCGCUGUGCUGACUUUCCAGGGGCAGGGUGGGUCGACCUAUCAGAUCCCCUUCGCCCCUCCACCGGCUGGUCACGAGCUCAUUGACGUCCCCGACUUACCGCCGGCUUCUUCUGAGUACACCCGUCAGUCGUUGGCGAUGAAUGCCUCGAUGAUGGGGAUGCUCCAGCGGACAAUUGACCUCCUAGCCGUCUACAGCAUACCGGUAUGUCCUUCUGACGCUGGCCUCAAACCAUUCAUCCACUGCUUUACGUAAUCUGAUUCAUGGCACAACACCUGACACACUGAUCUCACAGCAUCUGAUACACUGCAUACACUUCAUUCUGCACUGUACUCUGUACUGAUAAACUGCUCACGGCAUUCUCAUACUGUACUCACACACUGCAU